GGGGUUGUCCAUUUGACCAUGAUAGGGUCGGUGAGGUGCAAGCGUUGGAAUCAGAGAGGGAUGUGGUGAUGUGGUCGAGGGAGCUCGAGAUGGAGGAGCCUCAAGGAAGGAUUGGGGUCGAGGAACUUGCCUCUCUACUGGGUAUGCGAGAUUGGGAGCGAGACAGUCUGCCCAAGGUUGAGAUCGACUUCUUUAAAGACGAUCAUGUUUCUGACUUCCUCGACAAGUUUGAACAGAUAGCGUCCCACUGCAAAUGGAAUGAGGAACAAAUGUUAAAAGAAGUGAUGAAGUAUAUUCAUAUAGGCUUGAAGGAUGAAGUCAGUGGGUUGGUUAGAAGAGCAAGGUCAUCGUGGAGGAAGUUCUAUGAUGACUUGUGGAAUAAGUACCGGCUAGGUGAGGAACAACUGACCAAAGACGAUCUUGAGAAGAUAGCUCGGUAUAGUUAUGUGUUAGUAGGACACUUCCUGGCAGAGUAUGAGUGCGCAUCGUGUAAGGUUAGUAUCUUGGAGCUCGAAGGGAGACUAGUAUGGGAUAAGAUCCGAGAGAACCUUAAACAGGAGGAUUUCGACCAGUACCUCUGCCAUACCCUGCGGGAAGCGAGGAAAAGAAAGAAGGCGUUGGAUAGUCAGAAGAGCGAGCUUGAGAAGGGGUCGAAUGAUCUUGCAGUAGGCACCCCUGAUGCUGAGAAAAAUGGAACUCAGAAGGGUGCUGAGAUCGUCAGGCGAAAUCACAGGUGGAGCAGAGAGAAGAAAAAUGAGUCGGGAGGUGAGAGAAAAGAGAUACCGGCGGAAGUAAGAGUCGCUGUAACCCAUACCUGUGAGAGGACACUUGACGCUUCAAGCGAGAAGGGAAUAGAGGAGCAAAGAGUUCUGGGAGAAGUUGGUAUGACCCUGCCGCACAAUGCAUCUGAUCCUAGUAAGGAGUGUGACGACAAGGGAACAUCGUCAGCUGUAAGUCGAACUGGACGACGGAAUAGAAGAGGGCGAGAACGGUGGACGAGGAUAGUAUGUGCUUGUUGUGAGAAGACUGUUCAUACCCCUCGCAGAUAAGUUCCAUCAUCUCCUUCAUAUUGUAGGGGAAAAGAGCCAGAUUUUGUAGGAGGAAGAGGAGGAAAAGAAAGAAGAGGAAGAGGAGGAAGAAGAGGAAGAGGAGGAAGAGGAGGAAGAAGAGGAGGAAGAGGAGGAAGAGGAGGACGAGGAGGAAGAGGAGAAGGAGAAGGAGGGAGGAAGGAAGAGGAGGAAGAGGAGAAGGAGAAGGAGGAGGAGGAGAAGGAGAAGCAGGAGUUUGCGCCGUGGGAGUUUUCUGGCCCUGCCAUUACUCCCUGCGAAGACCGAUCGCGAACGCCCACGACAACCGUUGAUCAGAAGAUCCGACGGAUUAACAUGACGAAGCAGUCAGUCGUCGGGAACAAGAAGAAGGAAGGAGGUGCAGUUGCAAAGAAGAAAUCGGUGGGCGGGAAACCUUCUGGCGAUCGUAGCCGGCGGGAAAGGAGUGAUGACGAAGAUGAUGAGGAGGAAGAUAGCGAUGGCGGCGCAAGUGAAGACGACGAAGAAGAUGGCGAUGGCGGUGCGAGUGAGGACUGCGAAGAAGAUGGAGUUGCUCGACGUGGGACGGCCAUUGAAGAGGGAGAGAGAGAGGAAGAGGAGGAGGAGGAGGAGGAGGAAGAUGACGACGAAGAGGAUGAGCGUCUGUCAGAGGACGGGAAUUGGGACGAUCAUGCCGACGAGGAGGAGGAGGAGGAGGAGGAGGAGGAGGAGGAGAAAGAGGAGGAGCAGAAGAAAGCACGCUUGAAUGGCAGGAUGGCAAAUGGAAAAGGAAAGGGAAAGGGAAGAAGGAAUGGCGAUGGUGGAAGUGAUGGAGAUGAAGAUCGAACGAUUGGCGGGAGUCAGGAAGAAGACACUUCAGAUGCGGAAUCGUCGGGGUCGGGAUCUGAGUCGGAAUCGGAGCCGGAGUCGGAAGAUGAGAAGGAGGGUUCUCAGAAAAAGGACCUCGGAAAGUCUUCGCGUGCGAGCAAGAAAAAGGAGGGAGGUGUUGUGCAGAAGGAAGCGAAAAAGACGCCGGAGGGAGCUCAGGAUGCCAAAAGUUUCUUCGCAGCGUCUGAGGGCGCUUCGUUCUCAGCGCGCUCGUUCCUGGAGUUGAAUUUGUCAAGGCCGCUGAUUAGGGCUUGCGAAGCUCUGGGCUAUGAGCGCCCAACGCCAAUUCAGGCUGCGUGUAUUCCGCUCGCGCUGACAGGGAGAGACAUCUGUGGAAGUGCCAUUACCGGAUCCGGAAAGACGGCGGCAUUUGCACUGCCGGUGCUAGAGAGGCUUCUAUUCCGACCUCGGAGGAUCGCUGCGACGCGCGUGCUUGUGCUUACCCCAACCCGUGAGCUGGCAGUGCAAGUCCAUAGCAUGAUGGAGAAGUUGGCACAGUUCACAGACAUUCGGUCGUGUCUUGUUGUGGGAGGGCUUUCAAACAAGGCUCAGGAGACAGCUCUUCGCACUCGGCCUGACAUCGUUAUCGCAACACCUGGAAGAAUGAUUGACCAUCUUCAUAAUACUCAAUCGGUAGGAUUGGAAGACUUGGCCGUCUUGAUUCUUGAUGAGGCGGAUCGGCUUCUUGGAAUGGGGUUUACACAGGAAGUACAUGAACUGGUGAGCAUGUGCCCAACGAAAAGGCAGACACUUCUUUUCUCGGCUACGAUGACAGAACAAGUAGAUGAGCUGAUCAAACUGUCGCUGAACGAUCCUAUUCGUUUAUCUGCAGACCCGAAGAGCCAGCGGCCCAAGACACUUGCCGAAGAAGUCGUGAAGAUUAGGCCUAGCCAGGAGGGUGAUAAGGAGGCCAUCUUGUUGGCCGUCUGCACACGUUCAUUGACAAAGGGGACCAUCAUUUUUUGUCAGACAAAGGUACAGGCGCAUCGGUUGAAGUUAAUUUUUGGGCUGGCAGGGUUGAAGGCAGGAGAGCUCCAUGGCAAUCUCUCUCAGACUGCACGACUGGAGGCGCUCGAAGACUUCAGGAAACAUGCUGUUGAUUUUCUCAUUGCGACUGAUGUAGCGGCGAGGGGAUUGGACAUCAUUGGAGUUGAAUCUGUAGUUAAUUUUGAUUGCCCUCGAGACAUCACGCAGUACGUUCACCGGGUUGGACGGACAGCACGAGCUGGGAGGAAAGGUUGCGCCGUGACGUUCGUUACAGAGAAAGAACGAGCUCUCUUGAAAUCCAUGGCUAAACGGGCAGGAAGUCAGCUGAAGAGCAGAGUUGUGCCCCCCUUGACUGUUGCAAAAUGCAGGCAGAAAAUAGAGAACAUGGAGACGGACAUUGUGUCUAUAUUACAGGAAGAGACGGAAGAGAAGAUCCUGAGAAAGGCGGAGAUGGAGGCAAACAAGGCACAGAACAUGAUAGAGCACGAGGAAGAAAUUUAUGCACGACCGAAGAAGAUUUGGUUCCAGACUGCGCGGGAGAAGGCGGCUGUCGCGGAAGCUGCGAAGGUUAGUGGUAGAGCUGCAGCGGCAGCCCCUGCCUCCGAUUGGCAUUGGCAAGAGCAGCCUCCUGGACUGCUCGCCAGCAGUCAGGAGGCACCUGUGGUAGUACAUAGGACUGUACUAGGCACUUCCACGGCUGCCCGCCUACAGGCUGAAGCUGCAGCAACAGCUGAAAAGCAGCGGCUUCAGGCCGAAGCAGACGCAGCCGCCCAGGCUCGCCGAAAGGAAGCCCAGGAUUUGCUGCAGCGGCAUGAAGCAGCCAGCGUGGACAGACUCAAAUUCUGGCACUUCGAACCCAACGGCGACGACGCGACACCGGAAGAGCAGCAUAAGGAGUUUCUCUCCAAACUCGUGACACGACUGUUGUACACUUGCAACUACCAACAGUCCGAGUUGGAGAAACAGUGCCAGGACCUGACGCAACAGCAUCAGGAGUUGGCGAAGCUCUGCCGCACAGUGCAGGGCCACGAGGAUGCAACUCGGGCACUCAAUGCCCGAUUGUUGGACCUGGAACAGGCUGUACCAGGACCAGCUGCUGGGGCUUCCAGCAGUGCACCCUCUAGCCGCCAACUGGAGGAACGCGUUGACCACGUAGUGGCAAUGCUCGACGACAUCAGCACUUUCGCUGCGCUGACCACCAUCAGCAGUCAGCUGCAUACUUUGAAGACCGAGGUCCAGCAGCUGCAAUCGACGAACGCGGACGACAAUCCGAAGAUGUACAAGAUGCCAACUUUCCAACUGGACAAGUUCGACGACUACACGCAGCAGGAUCCGGUCCUCUGGUGGGAAGCAUUCACAACGCAACUCAGGAUUCUGCCCGUAGCCAAGCAUGCGUACAUCGGCGCCUUGUUCCUGAAGGGCGGAUGCCAGACGUGGUUGAGCCACCUGGCAACCUCCCACGGCGUCGACGUACCAGACUUGAAGGACAAAAUCACAUGGGAGGAACUGACACGGCUGUGGAAGAAGCGGUUCAUCGUCGACGACGCGCCGACACUCGCCAUCAAUCGUUUGUUCACCAUGUCACAGGGCAACACUGCAACACGAGACUGGCUCACGGAGUGGCAGAAGAUUGCGGCAGUGCCCAACCUGGACUUGCCAUUCAUACAUCUCAGACGUGAGUUCUACAAUAGAUCCUGUGCUGCAUUGAGCCAGGCUCUUGGUGAUCGCGAGCAGUACUCCACUUUCGCCGAGAUUAUCGACAAGGCGAGAGAGACCAUCAAGACCAACAGUGGAGAUAACCCAGCAGCCACUCCAGCAUCAAGUGAUGGAGAUCAGGUGGCUGCUGUCCAACCGCGAAGCAACAACAAGUCCCGCAACAAUGGGAAGGCGAAAUCCGCAUCGCAGGCCGGAAAUGGACAGCCAGUACAAGUUCCAUGGGUCAAGUUCGGCUUGACCGAGGCGGAGUACAAGCUCGGGAAACUGAGCUCCGCGGAAGGUGAGGCGACUCCACCUUCUACUCCGCCAGAUUCGGCCGCCUUGCUAGCGACCUCCUGCACAUCUGGGGAGAACGCGGAUGUCGCAAGUUCUCGUUACACUUAUGAGGACAAUGCUGUCCACUUGGUUCCACCGCUGGACCAACCGCUCCAUGUGCAACAAUCAACCGCAUGCACGGUUUCAUCACCAUCGGCAACCGAUUCGGCAGCUUCACCGCAAUCUAUCACCGGGGAUUCGACGUCAUGGUCAAGACUUGAAGAGCUCGACCCAUUGACGUUCACGGACUUCCAGCAGAUGCCCGUUCCCUCGACCGGACGAUUGCCGAAACCGCAUUGCAACGUGCUUAUGGCACAAUUGCGGGAUUACUUGCACACUGCAAUACCAACUCCGUUGAUGGACGCCGGAGUAGAGGUUGUCGACCUUCACGCUUACAUCGUGAAGAUCGCCCGCGAGUUCAAGACGCAACGGUACGACGACAACGACGCACCAUUGCUAUACGUACGCAUUCAGAUCGGAGAAGCGACCUGCAGCGCUUUGAUCGAUUGCGGUGCCACUCGCAACUACAUCAGCCAGGACUUCAUGGUGCGCGCCRGCCUUGRCCCACGCGUCCGGAGGAAGUCCCAGCCUACGCAAGUCACGUUGGCGGACGGUCACACGCACAAGUCAAUCGACCGGUGCAUUGACAACGUCCCAGUGUACUUUGCCCCUCACGCAAGUGAGGCGGUGUCCUUUGACAUACUGGACACAAAAUUUGACAUGAUCUUGGGCAUGUCAUGGCUGCGAAGCAAGGAUCACCCAAUGAACUUCUUCAAUCGCACCGUUCACGUUCGUGAUCGGAACGGAGUACUAGUUCCAUGCACAGGGCCUCUUCAUCAUCCUUCGAUCAGCUGCCACGUGGUAUCUGCCGCAAGCAUGCGAGCUUCCAUCAUCAGAGACGACAUCGAGGAGAUGGGGGUGUGUUUUCUCCACGCCCUCCCGCCCCGAGAUGCUUCAUCGACGGACUCAUCUUCGGAUCCACGCAUCAGCGAACUUCUCGACGCCUACAGCGACGUGUUCGAAGGCCCGCACGGAGUAGUACCGGAUCGRCCCAUCCGCCACGAGAUCAUCCUCGAGGAUGGGGCCGUACCUCCGCGCGGUUGCAUCUACCGAAUGAGCGAGGAAGAGUUAAGUGUGCUUCGCGCACAACUCAACGACCUUCUAGAGAAAGGCUGGAUUCGACCUAGCUCAUCGCCAUACGGUGCUCCUGUUCUCUUCGCCCGGAAGAAGAACAAGGACCUGCAAUUGUGCAUCGAUUAUCGCAAGCUCAACGGGCAGACGAGCAGGAACGCUGACCCUCUCCCACGCAUCGACGACCUUCUCGAGCAAUUGGGCGGCGCCCAGUUCUUCUCUAAGCUGGAUCUCAAGUCAGGGUACCACCAACUCGAGAUUCGCAAGGAGGAUCGCUACAAGACCGCAUUCAAGACACGGUAUGGGCAUUUCGAAUGGCUGGUCAUGCCGUUUGGCCUUACGAAUGCCCCAGCCACUUUCCAAGCGGCUAUGACAACGGAGUUCCGACACAUGCUGGAUUGGUUUGUACUCAUCUACCUCGACGACAUCUUGGUGUAUAGUCGGAGUUUGGAAGAGCAUGUGGAACACCUACGCACCGUUUUGGAGCGGCUACGACAGGCCAAGUACAAAGCAAACCGCGACAAGUGCGAGUUCGCACAACAGGAGAUGGAGUACUUGGGCCACUAUGUGACGCCGAAAGGCAUCCGUGCGCUCGCGGACAAGAUCGGAGGCCCUACGAAAGACAUUGUCAGCGACCGCGACACUCGUUUCAUGUCGGCGUUUUGGACUGCUCUCAUGCAGGAGUCCGGCACAACAAUGAAACCAAGUUCGGCUCGACAUCCUCAGACAGAUAAGCAGACGGAGCGGGCACAUCAAACUGCUCAAAUGAUGCUUCGUACGCUCAUCCUUCCGGACCAGAAAGAUUGGGUUGACCGCCUCCCCGACAUCGAGUUCGCCUACAACACUUCGGUGCACCCAGCGAUCGGCGUGACUCCAUUCGAGUUGCACCACGGUGGACGGAAAGGCCGUAUCUUCGCCGACCUUCUCCUUCCUCGACCCGCUGACAUUGACGCUGCCUGCUCUCCCGCUUCCGUCCGGAAGUACAGGGAAUUGCUGACUCAAGCCCGCGCAAAUAUGCAAAAGGCUCAAGUCCGCAUGCAGCAGCAAGCCAACAGGCGUCGCGUACCAUGUCCCAUCCGCGCCGGGGAUCUGGUUUGGGUCUCCGCAGAAGAGUUUGCACUGGAACAGGAUGUUUCACRCAAACUGCUUCCCAAGUGGUUUGGACCUUGGUCUGUGACAGCAGCCGCGGGCGAUGAGCUCGAUGGCCCUUCAUUUGUGAUCAACAUUCCAGAGCAUCUGACGGUCCAUCCGGUCUACCACGCCUCGAAGCUGGCAACAUACACGCCAGCCAAGAGCGACGACUUUCCGGGCCGACGAUCGCAGGACCCUUCCUCUAUGGAUGGUCAUCAGGAAGUUGACCGCGUCAUCUCUGAUCGCAAGUACGGCAGCAAGCCGCGGCAGUACAAAGUCACAUUCAAAGCAUGCGAUCGCGACGACACUCAGUGGAUUUCAGGCGCAGAUGUGAAAGCAUCCGCACCGCUGAUCUACGCGCAUUAUGAAAAGCGGAGGUUAGCUCAGGAAGCUUCACGACCAGCCCCUCCCACCCGGACUGCCGGCGUGGUAGGCAAAGAGAAAAAGGUCAAGACACUUGCGGAAGCAGAGGCUGAGAAGACAAAGGAGAAAAGGAAACGAGAGAAAGAGAAAACGCUGACGAGGAAGCAACGGAGACGGCUGGAAGCACAGAGGGAAGAAGCGGAGGAUACGGAGAUGGAAGAUGCCGACGAAGAGGGAGAAGGCGGCGAUAAGAAGGGUAAGAGGCAGGCAGGAAGAUUCAAGAAGGCAGAGAACGGCGACAGUAAACCUGGAAAAAAGCUGGUGGACAUUGCGUAUGGGAGAGCAAAGUCUUUGAAAAGCGAGAUGAAACACAUGGGUUCUGCGACAGUCAGGGCGGAAGUUUGGUUGCUCUACUCCGGAGUCGUUUGCUUUCAUGAUGUUGAGGAUCUGGAAGAACAGCUCGCGGUUGAGAGCGAGAAGAAGAGCUGCGGGCAGGUGACUUUGCCUAACGCCUGUACUGAAGGCGAAGGAAAGGCUCGAGUUUUGUCGGUGUGAAGAAAGAAAUGGUGAGGUUGUUUGCGUUUAUUUAACAAUGUGCAGAAGGCUUCCUUAUGUGGUAUAGCUGUGCAGUUGGUCGUGUUUGCUCUUGCUCUCUCUUCGUCAUUAUUCAUUCUUUCACGUUGUUGGUUGCUCUCCCAGCGAGCAUCAAGUUGGUUACCAGGGGUUGCUCUCCCAGCGAGCAUCAAGUUGGUGCAAAUUCCGGUGUCAUCUUCUUGUUCGUUUACCUGUUUGCUCUCCUAGCAAGCAACAAGUUGGUGCAAAUUAUGGUGUAGACUGUUUGCGUUUGUGGCAUUGAGAAGAGGGCUAUGUGAUGUGCUGCAGUCUGCUGCUUGCUCUUUCCUCUUCCCCUGUCUGCUUCCUCACUCUGCAUUCUGUGUUGUCAUCAUUGUUCCUUUUCCCAUUUAGCUCUCACCGUUUUAUGCGGCUAUGAGGGUUGAUAAGAUAGAUGUGUGCCGUCCUCGCGGCAUUGUUGCACUGGCAUCUACCCUUUUCCAUUCAUCCCUUGUGCCCAAUAUUGAAGUGUCCAGAUGCGGAGACGUGGAUGUGGCUUUGCAUGAGAAGUAUGCCGCCCUCUUCUUUCGAGAUGUGUGUGCCAUGCUGUGAUAGCUUGUUCCUCCGACGAAGGGCUUGAGCACAAAGGUGGAUGUAAAGGACCAGUACAUGCCAGCCAUCGGGCACUCGCCCCUUUCGGAGGCUGCCAGCGCAGCGCGCGAGCCUCCAAAAUCUUUGAGGAGGGCCAAUCGGAUUCUCAACUUGGCUGGGGCCAUGUGCUGGUGCUAUAAGGGGGUGUUAAAAGCGAUUUUCUCUGCGAAUAAAUACCUACCAUACUC